CUCGAAAUCCGCCAACAUGUCAAGAACGCGAACACCCAUUUCCUCGAACUGGGAAUGGAAACUCGCAAACGCACACCAGAAUGUUACAGCGCUGAAGGACCCCACGUUGCAAAGCUGGAUGCCAGUUUCUCAAUUCCCUUCCGUAAUCCAACUGGAGCUCCUCCAUUCCAAGCUCAUUCCCGACCCCAAUGUCGGAGAGAAUGAACGGCUGAUACAAUGGGUUGGAGAAUGCGAUUGGGAAUAUCGUUGUUCCUUUCCCUCUUUAAACAAUGCUUCUACACUACCUAACGUGGAACUGGUCUUCGAAGGCUUGGACACAUUUGCCACGGUUUUCUUAAACGGAAAAGAAAUUCUCAAAAGUGAGAAUAUGUUUCUCCCUGCCCGAGUCGAUGUUAAGGCAUUAUUGAAAACUCCUGGUGAGGAAAAUGAAUUGUCGAUUCUGUUUGAGAGUGCAUUGCGAAAAGGAACUGAGCUGGAAGAGAAGUUUGGUGCUAGAGAGAGCAUGAUGCGAGAUAAGAGGCGUAACCACAUACGAAAAGCACAGUAUCACUGGGGCUGGGACUGGGGACCCAUCAUUGUUACCUGCGGACCCUACCUGCCAGUUUACUUGGACGCGUAUACCUCACGAAUCGAAGAUCUUCACGUCACCAGCAGUACCUCUCCCGACCACUUGUUUGCAGAUAUCUCCGUUUUUGUCAAGCUGAGCAAGGCUUAUACAGAGUCGUCAGUAGAAAUUCAGGUUUUAGAUGCAUUGGGAACUCAAGUUGCAGCUGGAAAAACUUCCGCGGAUGGGUCUUGUACCUUCAAGGUCUUAAAGCCGUCUCUAUGGUGGCCAAAUGGCCAUGGAGAUCAACACCUCUACACUGCAACGGCUAUAUUAUCCCAAUUCAAUGACACUUUGGAUACUAGCUCUAAGAAGUUUGGCAUCCGCUCCAUCGAGAUUAUCCAACGGCCCCUCUCAUCCGAACCUGGCAAAACAUUUAUGUUCAAUGUCAACGGUCGCGACAUUUUCGCUCAAGGCGGGGACUGGAUUCCAGCUGAUAAUCUACUCCCCCGUCUCACACGGGAGAAGUACCAUUCCUGGAUCAAGAUGGCACAACGAGGGAACCUAAACAUGAUUCGCGUGUGGGGUGGUGGAAUUUAUGAGACGGAUGACUUUUUCGAUGCUUGCGAUGAGAUGGGAAUCUUGGUGUGGCACGACUACGCUUUUGCCUGCGGAGACCUUCCGGUACAUCCCAAGUUUUUGGAUAGUGUGAGAAAGGAGGUUGAAUGUCAGACUUUAAGGAUGAGAGGGAGGGCUUCUCUGGCAUUAUUGUGUGGUGGAAAUGAAGAUUUCAUGUUGGCUGACUGGGAUGGGGAGCCAUUUCCGGGGACGUACUUGCACAAGAAAAACUACGACCAUGAAGAUGUGGUCGGUCCGUUCGAGAACACCGACUUCCCUCAAAGAAAGAUAUAUUUGGACAUCAUACCCAAGAUAGCCGAAAAACUAUGUCCAAAUGUACAGUACUGGGCGAAUUCACCUUGGGGAGGUGCUGAAGAAGCGAAUGACCUGACCGUGGGAGAUGUCCAUCAAUGGGACGUCUGGCAUGGCAAAUCCCGCUCAUACCAGGACUACAAAUCCCUCUCUGGGCGAUUUGUGUCCGAAUUCGGAAUGCAUGGAUACCCAGAUAUGCGUACCGUGAAUGAAUUCGCACCCAAUCCCGAAGACAGACAUCCCCAAUCACGAGCAAUAGAUUCGCACAACAAAGGGCAUCUCGCGGAGACUCGGAUCGCUAGAUACCUUGCUGAGAACUUCAGAUACAGCAACGAGCUAGAGAAAUUUGCAUACGUGAGCCAGCUGAUGCAAAGCGAAGCUUAUGGCUACGCCUGCCGGGACUGGAAACGGAAGUUCGGAGGGAAAGGAAAGGAAAGUUGCGCCGGACUUAUUAUUUGGCAGCUAAACGACGUCUAUCCCUGCACGAGCUGGGCCUUCAUCGAUUACCAUCUCCGUCCCAAGCCCGCUUUCUAUACUAUCAAAAGAGCAUUCGCGCCGAUCUCAGUUGGCAUCGAUCGCACUCCUUGGUCUCGCUGGAUCGACGAUGAUCACCCCCGGACUACCGAGAUUCCCGCUUUUGAGAUCUUUGCUCAUAAUACCACUCCCGUAGAGAAGAGAUUCACCUUGCUAUUGAGUGCAUAUGAUAUGCAUACACACAAAUACAUCGUCUUGCCUCCGGGCACUGCGAAACGGGAAGUCACUCUGCAACCGGGGCAAAACACUGAGUUUGGAAGUCUGUCGAUGACCGAAAUUGUAGGCGAAGAAAGCCUGGUUAUUCUUGCCGCUAGCCUGGUCAACCAAAAAGGAGAGGUGGAAGCACAGAUUAUGAAUUGGCCAGAACCUUUCCGAUAUCUGAGCUGGCAUGAGGAUACUAGGGUUUCCGUUUCGGUGGGAGUGGGUGGGGGGGAGGUGAGAGUCAAAGCAAACUAUCCAGUGAAAGGGUGCUUGCUGUAUGUGGGGUAUGAGGAUGGCGAGGACGCUGAGUGGGAGGAUAACAUGUUGGACUUGCUACCUGGGCAGGAACUAUCUGUUAAAGUGAAAGGGCUUAACGGCAGGGCUGUGUUGGCAAAGUGGCUAAAUGAUUGGGAGUUGAAGAAAUAAUGUAGUUACUGGGUCAAAACAUAGUGAAUCACUACCACGGCUUCUUCC